AUGUCUUAUUCCGAUAUCCAUCUGUCUUCCGUUUUGUCCAGAUGUCCUCUCAAUUUUCUAGUUCUCUGUGUGUCUGUUCAUCCCUCUGUCUAUCCGGAUGUCCCCUACAAACCUUGGCAUCCCAAUCCUUAUCAGCCAACUCUUCCAACACUUUUCUUCUCUUCAAAAACGGCAAAACCGACGAAAGUGGCCAAUGAUAGACACUUCCAUAUCUCAGUUUCGUCACCUUAUCCAUUAGGCUCCGCCCCCUCGUCCUACCUCAACAGUAGUCAAAAGAUGCUCAAUCAUCGAGAUAUUGGCUCUCAUAUCGGCGACUUGAGUCUCACUCAAAUGAGAAGUCAAAGUGACGCCCUUCUUAUGAACGAAGUCAACGAUAGCAUUGAAUCCGGUGAUGAGAGUUUUAUUGAUUUUCAGAAGUGGAAUGACGCCGUCUGGAGAGAUGAAAUCGACAUCCUUCUGAUAGAAUCCACGGAAGCUAUCCCUUGGUCCUCCCUUACCAUGGCGAUUGAUGCCUUGCUCGAUGAUACACCAUCCAGCAACACAAAUUGCUACUUUUCUGCAUUGCUCAUCAGAAGUGCAACGGGUUCCCCUGGUGUCAUCAGCAAGGAUUGGAGAGGUGAUGACCAGAAGGCAGAAGAUGAAGAGAGCCAGAAUAUUCAUUUGGAAUAG